AUUCGAACUUUAAAAAAUUGAAUCCGAUCCGAAUUAUCCAAAUUUGAACUAUAAAUACCAAACUCGAUCCGAAAUAUAAAAAUAUUAGAACAAUCCGGAUAUCUAAAAUACCAGAACUUGAACGGGUAUUCAAAAACCACCCCAGAACCAAAUAUCAACCUUUGGAUGUUUCCUCUUUCAAAACUCAUUAAGUAAGAGUUUUCAUUUUUUUUUUUUUUUGGUUUCCAAAGAGUUGUAAACCAUUUUAUUUUGCAACCAAAAUAAAUGGGAACACUUGUAAACACCGUUGCUACAUCAAAGCAGAAGAUUAAUGUACUAAUUGACCUUCAUAUUUUUGUUUAAAUGUCUUCUCUAGUUGAUUGGGCUUAUAGGUUGAAUACUGGGCCUCAAAUCUCGAAUCUAUGCCGUUUUUAUCUAUAGAAAACGACACGCUAACCACUCGUUGAAAUACAAAAACACCACGACGUCGUAAUAGGUAAAUCUAGACACAAGUCUUUCAAGUGACUUCACAUCUUUCCAUCUUCUCUGUUCUGUCUCAUCGCCACCAUGGACGAUCUCUCUCUAGAAAGAAUCGAGAUUCCAGGCCCAACACUAGCUUCCCUCAUUCAACGAGCUUCCUCCUCUCCCGGCGACGCCGACGGCUUACUCUUCGGCCAAAUCCACCGCAUCGUCUCCACCACCUUAUCCGACGACUCUCCGUCGGAACCACCCUCCUCCUCCUCCUCCUCCUCCUCAUCUGAUCAAAUCGUCGCCACAGUCACAAGCUUCAUCUCCUCCGGCAAAACCGUCUCCUUCUACGACCCCCUCGGCCGAGUCGACUCGCUCCGGAUCGACUCCCUCCGAGUCGACUCACCGGACCGCCUCCUCGGGUGGUUCUCCGCCCGGAGAACCACCGCGAAUCGCCCCUCCAUGCGCGAGCUCUCCGUCUCCUCUUCCCUCUCCUCUCGAUUUCAAUUACCGAUCGAGAACUCGGAUAACCCUAACUCGAUGCCUUCCUCCGUGUUCAUCCUUCUCACCACGCCGUCGACGGAUCAGCUAAUCCACACGCACGAGUACCGCGCGUACCAGUUCCGCCCUUUAAACCGACGGUUAGAACCGAGGUCUCUCGGUAUAGUCAACAUCGGACCGGCGUUUCGCGGACACUACGGUUCGUUUAAUCCCAAGUCGGGGUUCCCGCCGCUGCUGUGCGAGGUUAGCAGCUCGGGGAUGAUGAACGAGGACAGGGACGAAGGGUCUUUGAGCGGGAAGAAGCAAGCGGUGAAGGAUCAGAAGGAAGUGGAUGCGUUAGCUGAUGGGUUUGGAGUGGGGAGCUUGAAGCGUUUGGUUGGUGCUGAAGCUGCGAGCUAUACAGGCGGUGUUGAGGAGAUGUAUGAGAGGAUGCUGGCGAAAGUCGAGAGCUUGGCUUCCGAGGUUGAGAAGAGCUCCGCUAAAGUACUUGAACUGGACAAUCAUAACCGGAAGUUGAGAUACCGAGUUGCCAGAAUCGAGCGGUGAAGCUUUUUUUCUUUUCCGCCAGGUCUUUUUGAAGAACCAGAAUUGUCAAAAGUAUGGAACUGUCCAUUAAAGGACAUGAUUAUAUCAUGUUAUGAGGCGUAAUCCAGUAGUCCAGAACAUGGAAGAUGAUGACUUGAGCUUAACUUUCUCAAGUUCUCUGCUGUAUGUAUUUUGGUGUAUCAUCAAGUUUUUUGUUGAUUUUUCCUAUUCAGAGAGUUUCUUUGAUGCCUUUUACAAUUCCUCAGUUGCUUCUGGACUGGAAAUGAAAUGGCUUUGUGCUUAUAAUUUAAACUUUCAUUAUUUUACA